CGACCCAAUGCCCAUCAUCCACCACCACAUCGCAAAGCUCAGAAUGGCAUCGGUCGGCGCGUCGCUCGAGCACAGGCUCAAGAUGCGCGACGGGCACACGAUCCCGCAGUUCGGCCUGGGCGUGUACGACAUGUCUAGCAAGGAGACGUACGCCGCGGUCCGCGCCGCGCUGGCGGCGGGGUACAAGCACGUCGACACGGCAGAGUGGUACUACAACGAGGCGGACGUCGGGCGUGCGCUGGCGGACCACUUGAAGGACACGGGCGCCCAGCGCAGCGACUACUUCAUCACGUCCAAGCUGAUGCGGAACCGGUCCUACGCCGCCGCGCUGUCCGACCUGCGCGCGUCGCUGGGGCGCGCAGGGCUCGACUACUUCGACCUGUACCUCCUCCACUCGCCGAUCGGCGGCGCAGCCACCCGCAAGGAGGUGUGGCGUGCGCUCGUUGACGCGCGUAGCGAGGGCCUGGUGCGCUCGGUCGGCGUGAGCAACUUUGGCGUCAAGCACCUCGACGAGAUGCAGGGCGAGCUGCCGGCGGUCAACCAGGUCGAUCUGCACCCCUGGAUGCGGCACGAGGAUAUCGUCGCGGCAUGCGAGGCGCGGGGCAUCCUCCUUGAAGCGUGGGCGCCGCUCGCGCGCGGCAUCAAGUUCGACGACCCGGCGCUUGUCGCCAUCGCGAAGAAGCACGGAAGGGAUAAGGCGCAGAUCCUCCUCCGGUGGGGGCUGCAGCAUGGCUUCAUCGUCAUUCCCAAGUCUGUAUCCCCCGCACGCAUCGCCUCCAACGCCAACGUGCUCGACUUUGCCCUCGACGACGCGGAUAUGCAGGCGCUCGAUGCGCUGGACGAGUAUCUCGUUACCGACUGGGACGUUGUGGAUGUGGAGUAGGGAGAUGCGCAAUAGAGCUAGCUCAUCAUAUGCGAUUAUGCCGCUUGCAUUGGUCACACACAACCA